UAUUUAAAAACAAAUGAUUUUUUGAAAAAUGGUCAUAAUCCUACCCUCAAAGCUCUGAAAAUUCAAGUUGAAGAACAUAAAAUUUAAGUCCGAGUCGAGGUUGAGGAAUUCAAGUUGAAGGAUGUAAAAUUUAAGUCCAAGUCGAAGGUGAGGAAAAAAUCCAACGUUAAUCAAAAUAUGAAUAUUUCAAUUGAAAUCGGACUCAUUGUCAUCCGAAUUCCGAACAAGUCUAAAAUCAACUUGCAGUAAAGUUUGAGAUUCUUCUCUAGUCGACAUUAACAGAGGCUGGAGAAUAUGGAGAAGUUAUGGAGAUCGAUGGAGGGUGGCAGCUAUGGCGGUAGGCGAUUAGGUUGGGCUGAGAGGGAUGGGCCGCUAGCAAGCUGGGUUGAAGGGGCGGUGCUUAUGGUUUUGGCCGCGAUUGCUGGCUGACGUUGUGGCGGCCUGCUGGUAGUCGGCCAAAAGUGGCGUUCGCAGUUCUCCUUUCUCUCCUACUCCUGUUCAAAUUUGACGAUUCUCUUCCACAUAUCUCAAUAAUGUGGUUUAUCAACUCCAUUUUCAGCUCAAUCGUUCAAUUUUUUGAUUGCAUCAGUGUUAAGGUUUUUCUGAAAAAGAAUUGAGAAUCAUUUAAUGGGUGCCUGUGAAGAUAUGGGUGUAUUAUUUGAGAACCAAGAUGAAAUUAAGUUAGGAACUUUAAUUUCAUCAAAUGGGACCCACCAUGAAGAUCAACAACCUACUGAGGAAGAAGUUCUUGCUAAACAACUUGAAAGUGUAGUUUUGCAAGCUAUUAAGGAAGAAGAAAAGCAAAAUGAAGAAGCUAGGAAAUCCCACAUUUACCCUUGGAGGCCUUAUGCUGUUGAUUGUAACUUUUAUCUCAGAACUGGUUCUUGCAAAUUUGGCAAAAGUUGUAGAUUUAAUCACCCCAUUGAAAGGGCUUUUCAGUACUUUCAAACACCUGGAGGAUGUAGACUUAGAGAUGCUUGCAGAUACAAUCAUUCUAUGCAGAAACCUGAAAAUGAACGUCUGGUGCUUAAUUUUUUAGGUUUACCAGUAAGGCCGUCAGAGCAAGAGUGCAACUUUUACAUGCGCACUGGCUCCUGUGGCUAUGGAACUAAUUGCAGGUUUAAUCAUCCGGGUCCAUUUGCAGCAAAAAAAUCUAAUCUUAGGAACUCUUUGGCCUAUAUUGCAUAUAUGAGAGGUGGCAACAAUCUUUCUAGAAUUUAUCCUGAUGAAAAAUUGCAGUCUUCUGGAAUAUCACGGGGCAUUGCAGAUUUGUCAAACGGCAUAACUUUAAUGAAUGGUUCGCCUUAUGAUGGGCUAUGUUAUCACCAACCAAUGUCCACAAAUCCCGCUUGCAAUCAAGAUCAGGUCAAGUUAAUGGCUCGUUUGCCACUUCAAAUUCUAAGUGUCAAGAAACUAGAUUCAUCAACAAAUAACGAACAAGUUAUGCAAUCCGAGGAGUUUCCUGUAAGACCCGGGCAACCUGAUUGUGAUCUUUUCAUGAAAACUGGAGACUGCAAAUAUAGAGCUGCCUGCAGGUAUAAUCAUCCAGUAAGUCGAUCCUCCAAGCUACGUCUCCCACCGCUUUUGUUUAAACGCCCAUAUUCCAAGUCUCAGCUGAAUGGACAGUAUCCUGAACAACAUAGAGACCGACUGUCUACAUCUGUACAAUGCGCUCUCAAUGAAACUGGCCUUCCUUUAAGACCCGGUAGCAAAAUCUGCCAGAGUUAUGAGCUGCAAGGUACAUGCAAAUAUGGUAAAACUUGUAUUUUUGAUCAUCCAAAGAAUUGCUCAAUUGCGGUAUUUGAUCAUGACAAUGGCGAAGAUUUUAGUUCAACCGAUCCUAUAGUUGUUGAUUUGGAGCCAUGUGCUGUCGACAAUGUCGAGCCAGAUUGGGGUGACGGUUGGGAGAUGUAAUUUUCUUCUAGACAAAAGUUUUAGUAAAUUUGGCAACAUUGUUGAAUGCUGACAUAAGAAUCUGAAAUAAAAUAGCAUCUCCGGGUUUUGUAAUCUACUAAUUAUUCAACUCGUUUGAAAACCUUUUCAACGGUUUUAAUUUUUAAAA